CAGGAAAAAGGGAUCCGGUCUCUCCUUUAGUGGUCUGCGUUCACCAAUAAGACUCUCGAGACUAUGGCCACGGGCAUUUCUUCCAGAGCGAACAAGACUCGUCUCGCCUCACGCGAUCUUUUUCGGUCGGAAGCAUUCAGAUCAGCCAGCCAUCAGUAUCCACUGUGGCCAACGGUCUUGCUUGUGGAGUACUAAUCUGAUACUCAUCAUGGCGUUCAAGUCGAGCCCUCUUUACGACUGUGCUGAUUCUGCUUCACGUUGGUGUUAGGUAGGAGAACUUGUGCGUGUCAGUCCUUGGUGUGCUUUCAGUUUUUCCCUGCACUACCUAAUCCCUUCUCUUCUUGGAUUUCCAUGGGUGAACAGGAGGAAAUCCGUGAAGCGCCUCGGACAACGGUGGAAGAUGUGACUCCCGAAGAUACUAUCUUUGUCAACCAAGAACAUGCCGAGCGUAUGGAUGGCGCCUUCCUCUCUAUAGUCUUGAGUGCAUCCAUUCCAUGUGGCCUGGUAAUUAUCGUCUCGGCAAUCUUACUUGGAGUCAUCUACGGCUUCGAAGUCGACCGCAAUCGAGGAUGGCCCCAAUUACUACUCGCCCAGGAUGCUGGUGGCCAGCUGGGACUGUGGGCGACGCUCAACGAUUGGAAAAAGACCGGAGGUGAUGCGGCUAUAUUUGUCGACUUUAACCCUUCCUCACUUACUGCAAUCGCCUCUUUGACCGGGAAAAUCAUUCCGUACCUGUCGAGCUCGAUCAUGGCGCUUGUUGCCUUCUUUGUCGCACGGCGCGUUAUUCUCAUAUCUCAGCAAGGAAAGAAUCACGAGCUUCUCUCGCCUCAUCAAAUGUCCAUCUUGAUCGGACUCCUCGGCGGUAACAGCUACGGACCCUUGAAGGAUUGCGUUCACUACCACGUCAAGCAUAAGAAACGAUGGUUAGCCCCAAUCCCGCACGCGUUCUCAGCGCUGGCAAUUGUAACGGCGUUGGCACUCGUCAUCCCCAUUGUCGAUACCUGGUUUGCCACGACCGUAACUCCCGGUAAAGUCACAGUGGUGAAAAAGUUUGACGUUGAGAAUGCUACGACUUAUGGCCGUGGCACCAACUACACGGUUGAUCCCUACUAUUCGCUGAACGCAGACAAUUGCAAUUAUGACCAGUGGUACUCUAACAAUCGGGUCUCAGGUUUUGAAUUUCCAUGUAAUGCAUUGUGGUGGGACCAGAACAACACGGCUACAGGCAAUGAUAGUACCUUGACGAACACGACGGAGUGGGACUACAGCAUUCUCAACAUCAAUGAAAUCUCCGAAACUAUCGCCAACCAGUCCAGCAAAAAUAGCAUCAUGAUGUGGCCACCACAAAACCAAACAAUAAACAGCCAUUACUUUCUGACUGCCCUCAAUCUUGACACAUCAGUCGACUUCCGUGCAAGUACGUUUGCAGUCAAAACUCAAUGUAAACCCAUGACAAGCACCUGUUUCCCUCAGACUCCCAGCGAGCUUGCAGAGAAAAAGCUCCAAGGUCUCAGUGCAACUUAUUUGGGCGACGAUUACGCCUUCCAUUGUAGCUCUGGCUUCACUGGUGAUCUGAGGUCGAAUGGAGUCAGCGUGGCAACAGGCCUCCGUCAGAGCAGCACGACUUCGAUGGGCAUCGGAUUUGCCCCAGAUGCCGCCCUCAGUAGCAUGAUCGGCAGCAGUGCGAGUAAACUGGAAUUUGGUGCCUAUACAAACCCUCUGUAUUUCGGUGCCUGGUCGGUAGGCUUUAAAACUCUCAACGGAGCACUCAAACUCUCCGAGGUCACAGACCCUUGGGAAGACGAUCCAGAGAUCUAUUACGAUCAAUACAACAAAUUCGCAUGGAUGCUGAAUUGCAGCUCUUCCGUCUAUCAAGUCAGCUACGACUGGGUCAACGGCACCAUCCAGCGUUUCGACACCACCAUGGUCAGUGACCCGCUCAUCGGCGGCGUCGUCUCUUAUCCAUUUGUUUCUGGGAUAAAUGUCGCCCACAGCUGCAUCGAGUGGGCGACCAUCAAAGUCCAAAACUCCAACGGCUCGAAAGGCAUAAGUCACGACUGGGCAGAGUAUUUCUCGUCUUGCGCCAUAUCCAUGCUUGCUUCGCCACUGCAAGGCAUUCCGCCUGUCUUGGUGCAGACCAGAGACGACGCCUAUGCCGCCACGCGCGUCCCCAUUGUGCCACUGUUCGCCCUACUGGCCUUUAAGUUUCUAUACUGUCUAGCCGUAUUUAUUCUGGCCGUGGCUGCGUAUAAAUUCACCAACCCCUCGGAGACGCAGUCCGUCAAGGAGAGACUCUCAGUCAAAGGCCUCGCGGCGACCGCGUUCGCCGACGGUCCAAACCACCAACAAGUUGCAGUUAAGAACGUCGAACAGCUAUUCCAACCACCAGCUCACGAAGCUUCUGACGCCGAAGCUGCCACCCCGUCAGAUCAAAAAGUCGGCAUGGUAAUGACCAAAGCUGGCGGGUGGGCGUUUGUCAAACUCGCAGCCGGCAAAGUGUAUGAUGCAGUCUCUCCCAUUUUUGAGAAGGAAUUGAUGCAGGAAGCUAACACUGGCGCGUUUGGCACUGGAGGAAAAGAAGUGGCCAAUUGGGUUUCUCUGGUUAAAUAAAUAUUGCGAUUAUGAGAAUUGAUGGAAGCGAUACAGAGUACUUUGUGUGGUUGGAACAGGUCGUUGACGAUUUGUAUGGCUACGGAGAAGUGCG